AGAUCUGCCAUUUUGGUUCAGAGUUAAGUAGUUUGGCAAUCCGCCGGCGCGCCGAUUGGAAAUAUGGAUGCUCCGGUGGGGCUGAGCGUGUCCGCCCGCCGCAAGGAGCGCGGCUCCGAGAGCGAAACCCGGGAGCCGGACUCCGACCGCCUGUCGCAGCCCUCGGUCGACUCGCAGCCAGGCCUGCAGAAGCUCGACGAGGAGGCUCAACUCGCGACGGCGGAUAGCCUAGCCACCCUCUCCGACAAGGGUAUAACUCCAGUGACGGUGGACGUGUCGAAACUGGUGGACCUCCCCCCCGCGGAGCAGAAGCGGCGCGGCAACGAGCUGCUCUCGCUGCUCUCAGAAGGCGACAAGGCGCCAACGCUGCCCAACCUGCCGCCCCCACCGCAGAUGAGGAAGCACGAGGCCUUUUUGGACAUGGGCAAGGCGUGGACCAAGAAAUCCGCUGAGCCCUGGGAGCCUUCUGGUCCCAUCGCCGGCGACCUGCGCUGCAUUCCCGCAGAGCAGUCAUCAUACCAGUGGGACAUGUCGUGGGACAAGUCGCAGAUGGUGCUACCGCAGUCUUACGGCAGCGGAUUCACCGAGUGCCUCAGCCGGGAGCUGGUGCCAGUGCUCUACGAGGCGGCGCACCGCGCCUUUGGGCCUGGGCACACCGCCAAUGUGCAGUGCUUGCCGGACGCUUCAGGCUACGAGGUCUUCGUGCAGGGCGCUGCCGCCCAGGAAGCUGAGCUCCGCGGGGACGCGCUGCUGGAGGCACUAGGCCGGGCCCUCUGGCCGCUGCUCGGCGAUCCGUACAUCGACAUGAACCGACACCUGGACUCCGCCUAUGGAUCCAAUAGCUACCGCCUCAUGCUCUGGCGCUCCGGUGAGGGUGAGGCGGCGGACUCGCGGCGGUGCUGGAAUUAUGUGAGGCACGGCAGCUGCGCGCGGGGAGACGCCUGCCGCUGGGCCCAUGCCAUGCCCGAGACCUUCGGCAUCGGCAUCAAGGUAUCGCCAGUGCGUUAUGCCAAGUGAGAGUCCGUCCAGGGUGGGUCGCAUGUGCGCAGAGAGCCGCUCUUUCGCGCAGGGAAAAGGGGUGGGUGCGAAAUACGAAGCCUAGGGGGUCCAUUUUUGGGUUGUUCCCCAGAAGUCGACUUAAACCCAACUGGAUCGGCUGUUUUGUUCCCAGCUUUGCCUGUCAGGUUUGACUGGUGCAACUUUUUUGCUGGGCGAUCCAGGGCCCCUCUUUGUCCGAACGAGUGGGGUUUAAGUCCUUCUGGGGGCCUACCCAAUUCUUUGGACCCCAUGCCGGGGGCUGCGGCGUCCGCCAGGGGUUCUGAGUCUGCUCGAAUUGGCCCCGA